AUUUUGCUUGUGUUUUUACGCAUUUUUUGCAUUCGCAUUUUUUAUUCAUUUUAGUUUUAGUUCUCAGCGUGUGGUUUAUUUCGCGUGCAUUUAAAGAAAAUGUUAAAUCAUUUUUCCUCACAUCAAGAGAAUAAAGUGAACUAUAACCAGAGAUAAACAAUCAUAAUUUGCAAGGCAGGUCCCGACAUUAUCUACAACAUAAACAACAACAAUAGCACUGCCCCCAGGACAUUAUUUGCCCAAGGUUAUUUGAAAUUCUACAAGCUGCGGCUGCACUGAUGAAAACAAACUGAAUGAGUUAAUUUGCGAAUAUAUUGUCGAGCGGGCGGCGUUGCCGUUGCUGCUGCUUCGGCAUGUUGUGUUUCGACUCGGAGAAGAUGAACUGGUAUUACCAUGUGCUGGCACGGCGACCGUACCUGGUCGUCAUAUCCAUUGCCGUCUAUUGCGUGGCCUGCAUAAUAGUUGCACUAAUAUUCAACGACCUGCCCGAUUUCAGUGACCCCACCUUGGGCUUUGAGACGCGAGGCACCGAAAUAGGUAAAAGGCUGACCGCUUGGCAUAAUCUGGAAGAGGAGUGCAAUGGAAACGGUGCCUUGUUCUCCAAUCCCACGGAUCUGUUGCAAAAGCUAGAAUAUGAAAAGACACGCGGUGUUCCGCGACAUCAACAUCUCAAUCAUAAACGACAUAAAAACCCACGACGAAAACACAAAAAUAAUAAGCGACGCAAGGAGCACAGGAAAAACCAGCACGACGAAGUGGCUCACAAAUUGAUGGCAAUCAACAAGCGUCUAAAAGCAACCAAAAGUCCACUAAGCGACAAGUGGAUGGGCGACAGCGGAGUGUUCCGUGACUACGAGGUCACCAAUGACAGCAGUCCCUCCUUGCUAGAACCGACCAGACGCAGCGAACAGAUCGAGUAUGGUCAUAAUACGACGUUCGUGGAUGAGGACGAGCAUCGUGACCGUGUGCAAAGCAAGAAGAGCACAUGGCGUAUACUGAAGCAAGCUGCGUUACCCAACGAUGGUUGGUCCAACUCGAAAGUGCGCCAACCCAUCGAAGGAUUCUUCUGUGAUUCCUCACCUCACAAAGACUACUCGCACUUUGUGGUGCAACGCAUUGGACCCAAUGCAACUGACUCGUUAUUUGAUUUAAACGGCAUGUUAGCCAUGUGCCAGUUGCAAGAUCAAAUCGCCUCUGUACCCAGUUACCAGGCAUUUUGUGAGCCCGAAAUGUUGACUUCAAACUGCUGUCGUCCUUGGUCGCUGCCUAACUAUGCCACACUGUUGGCCAAUAAGAGUUCCUGUUUUGAUCUGACCACAGAGGAUGUUUCAUUAUUACAAACCCUGCUGUUGAAUUGCUAUGAGUAUUAUCAUUACCUAAAGCUAGACAUCAAUUGUAACGAUUUAAAUCGAUGCUAUGCUCCGGAGGAAUGCACGCGACACAAUUUGGUCUUUAACGUGCUCAACUUUCUGAGCGAUUUUGGCUUUAUUAAACCAAAUGACACGAAUGUUUAUUUGAAAUACGCAAUGAUUUUUGUGCCCGUUCGACACUCCAGUCAAAUCCUGCCGCUCUUUCACGAAUGGGAAAAUGUCGAUCUGAGCAACGAACUGGUUGAAGUUAUUGGCAUGGAUUUGGGUUUGGAAAACGAUCUUUUUAGCGAGCUGUUGCUUACUGAUGUUUGGUUGGUAUCUCUGGGCGGACUCUUUGUCAUGGCCUGCGUUUGGUUAUAUACAGGAUCCGCCUUUAUCACAGUGAUGUCCUGCUGUGCCAUUUGCUUCUCGCUGGGAUUAGCCUACUUUGUCUACACUUUGGUCUUUGAGUUUAGCUUCUUUCCCUACAUGAAUCUACUUGCCGUUGUGGUUAUCAUUGGCAUUGGUGCCGAUGAUGUCUUCUUGUUUCUUAAGAUCUGGCAGUGUGUGCUGGCCGAGCGCUUUAGCAAGAGCAGCACAUUGAAUACACAGUCAACGCUGCCCACACCAUUGGAGCAUAAUGAGCAUACGGAAACAUUGGAGAAUUUAAUGGCUCUGACCAUGCGACAUGCGGCUGCCUCUAUGUUUGUCACGUCAAUAACAACAGCGGGUGCCUUUUAUGCCUCGUACAGCAGCUCCAUAACGGCUAUAAAAUGCUUUGGAAUCUUUGCUGGAACUGUUGUGGUCACAAACUAUCUGCUCAUGAUCACCUGGCUGCCCGCAUCGGUUUCAAUUAUGGAGCGUCUUUUUGCCAGUCGCAUGUCCUGCCAACAGCAUUUGGCACAAAAGCUGAUCAACGCCUGCAAAAAGUCAAUUAAUCGUUUUUGUGAAUUAUUUGAGGAGCGCAUCACACACAGCAUUAUGAACUAUGCAUUUUUAUGGAUAAUAAUCUUUUCAAUCCUUGGCACAGCAAGUGCGAUCAUUGUCUUUUGGUAUCCGGGUCUGCAGCUGCCAGAGAAGCCACAUUUUCAAUUGUUUGUCUCACAUCAUCCCUUUGAAAUUUACACCAAGCUUCGACAUCAGUUUUGGUUCGAGAAGCCGCUGCAAGGAUUUGAGAACGCCAAUAUGAGCAUGCGUUUCAUUUGGGGAGUGGAGGCGGUGGACGAUGGCGAUUAUACAAACCCGAACUCAUACGGCAACCUACACUAUGACAAUAAUUUUAAUAUAUCAAGCAAAGAGUCACAGAUUUGGGUGCGCAACUUUUGCCAAAAUAUGCGACAGCAGCCAUUUUAUCAAGAGACUUUUAGCUUCUUGUUGCCAAAUUGUUUUAUUGAGAAUUUUAUUCGAUUCAUGGAGCGAAGAUGCAUUGAUGAAAUGGACACAACGCGCACAGAUCUCACACCUUGCUGCAAUGCACAGUUUCCUUUCGAGCCACACAUAUUCGAGCUGUGCUUGCCCCAAUGCAUAUCAAAUCUGUGUGAAACGAGAUUCUAUCGAGAGAUUCAGAGCAAAGCGGGUCCCAAGUUUGCAGCUGCUCCCAACCAUCUAGACCAAUAUUUGGAGAGCAACAGCAGUAACGAGAGCUAUAGCCUGGAGACACAACUGCUCGUCAAGGCGUUAAUCAUUGAGUUCGAUUCAAAUGUCGGCCAUAGCACCAUCUAUAGCAACAUUAAAGUGUUUUACGAGAGAGUUGAGAGUUGGUUUCAGCAGCAACUCAGCACGGCACCACUAGAGUUACGUGGCGGUUGGUUUAUAAGCGAUUUAAAUUUCUAUAAUGUUCAGGAUACCCUCUCGAAUGACACAAUCGUCUCCAUUGUCCUGGCCAUGGCCGCUUCGCUUGUGGUCCUGCUUUGCUUUACGCUCAAUCUGAUCAUCUCUAUAUAUGCUGUUAUUACCGUCUCUCUGACAAUUUUCAAUACCGUGGCUGUGCUAAUUUUACUCGGUUGGCAACUGAAUAUUCUGGAGAGCAUUGCCGUAUCGACGGCCAUUGGCCUCGCUGUAGAUUUUAGUUUGCAUUAUGGCAUACACUAUCGCCUGUCGCCAUCCAAGGAGCGUGUCGCAGCCACAGAAUUUGUGCUGUCCCGAAUCAUUGGACCUACGGUUAUGGCGGCGGCAACAACUGGCUUUGCCGGUGGCAUCAUGAUGGCAUCAAAUAUACUACCCUACAUACAGAUUGGCAUCUUCCUGGUUGUGGUCAUGGUUACCAGCUGGUUGUAUGCCACCUUUUUCCUAAUGAGCAUGCUCAAAGUGGCCGGACCCCAAUAUGGUUUCAUGCAACUGGGUUGGCCAAAAUUGCGUAAACGUCGCACGGCAAAGGCCAAUAAAUUCUACGAACGAAAACCCAGUCAAAUUAUUGCCAGUGAGCAGCUGUUAACGCCCACCAGUUCAGCCAUUGUUGAGAUGGCCAAUUCGGAGACACAUGAACUAGAAUCUCUGAAUUCCAAUAGCCAGAUUAAGACAAUAUCGGGCACAGAAAGUGGACAUACGUUGCCUGCUCUGCCCGUGGACUUUGAGCACUCAUUCCAAACCGUGCACUAGGGUAUAAUAUCAAACUGCAGCCGCGACAAUUUGCAUUUUUAUACAGGGCAAAGCUGUGAAGCUACCCAGCAUACAACUACUUUGUUAGCAUUAAGCAAAAGCUCAAAGAGGCAAAAAGUUUGCGUAAAUGUUUGCAACAUUUUAUACUUUGAGAGAUAUAGAGAUAUGAUGAUGAUAUUGACAUUAGAUAGAGAUAAUAACAAGUGAUGGAUUGAGAGAGCGUUCAAAAUAUUUUAAGCUUGAGCAAACGACUCUUUAGAGUGCUAUUUAAAAAAGACUUCAAGCCAGUUGCAAUGCGCAUUUUUACUUAAUUAUUGUAACGUUCGACGCCAGGAGCCAAAAGUUGGCUCACAUUUGUAAACUGAAGCAAUUAGCGGAGAGUACUGGGUACGUCCAAAAAAAUAACUGUACGACGGCACAAUGUCGGUAUUAUUAGUUUAUAGAAGUUUUUAGUGAAGCAUUAAUGAAUGUUUAUGUAUUAUCUAUAUACUUAACUGUAAUCAAAACUAUUUAUACUCUGAAUUUCUAUUAGCUGUUAAACUCGGACAACAAUGUUGGCGCCGUUAUUAAAUUAGAAUGUAUGUAUACAAUAUAUAUAGUUACCAUAUAUGGUAGUUAUACACACAUGCAUACACUUCUAUAUAAUGUACGUUGAUGUACUAAAUGUGUUGUCUAUCCUAGAUGUAAACGUUCAAAACACAUACACACACACACACUCACGUUUGUAAUAACCAUGUAACUGUGAUACAGAAGGUGACAAAAUGAAAAUAUUUAAAAAAAAAAGUCUAUGUUUAUACAGACAAUGAGAGUUAGAAAAAAAAAAAGAAAUCUUGACGUAUUGUACUUAACUAUACUUGAAAAACCUUGUACUUCCUUAAUUGAACUUAAACAAAUGUGUUGAGGUGAUUUAAUAAAUGUUACUUGUGAAACAAACUA